GUUCUUCCUUCCGUGUUCCCGUCUUCAAAGUAGCCUACAAGUUUGUAAUAAUGCCAACAACAUUUUUAUUACCAUAUUUGAACCAAACGCGGUUUUUGUUCUCUGUAAGUCUGUAUCAAUCACUAGGAAACAAAUACUAUUUGUUCCCUUCUCUUCUGAGCACUAUAUAAUAAAGGAUUCCACAUUUGAUUUCUCUGGUAUUCAAGAGAGAGAUGAAAGGAGAGGGUAAAUGCAAUAUGGGAGGGAUGAAAUUGGUGGUACUGUACUUGGCAUUGGUUUUGGUUUUGGCUGCAUUUCUUCCAGGUUGUUUUGUAGUUGGAGAUCAAGAGUUGAAGUGGAGGAAACAAGCUAAAUCUAAUUCUUCACCAUUUCCAACUCUUGUUGGUACUUCUGCUGUUUACCCUGUUCUUGGAAAUGUCUAUCCUGUUGGUUAUUACUAUGUGGACAUCAGAAUUGGAUAUCCACCCAAACCAUUCUACCUUGAUAUAGACACAGGCAGCGAUCUUACAUGGCUUCAUUGUGAUGCCCCCUGUCUGCAAUGUCCAGAGGUUCCUCACCCAUUGUACCGUUUAAUCGAGAACAGCCACAUCCUCUGCCCAGACCCCAUUUGUGCAAUUGUGCGCGCUCUCGAAGAUCACCAAUGUGAGAAACCAACUGAUCAUUGUGACUAUGAGGUUGAGUAUGCAGAUCAAGGUUCUUCUCAGGGUCUCCUUGUCAAAGAUGUUUUCCCCCUUCGCUCUUCCAAUGGAUCACUAGUUGGACCCCGCUUGUUUUUUGGUUGUGGAUUUGAUCAAGAGGGCUCUAGCGGAACUACUUCUCCUACAGAUGGAGUGUUAGGUCUUGGCAGAGGGAAAAGCAGCGUUGUUUCUCAGCUUCAACGUAUAGGGAUAGUAAGAAAUGUUAUUGGCCACUGCUUCAGUAGCAAUGGUGGAGGCUUUCUCUUCUUUGGAGACGAUCUUGUACCAUCUUCUGGAGUAGUUUGGACACCAAUGUCACGUGACCCCAAGAACCAAAAUCACUACUCGCCAGGGCCAGCAGAACUCUUUUUUGGAAAGCAGUCUAUUAGUGUGAAGGAUCUUCAUGUUGUUUUUGACAGUGGGAGCUCCUACACCUAUUUUAACUCUCAGGCUUACAACGCUCUCAUUUCUUCUAUAAUGAAAGAUUUAACAAAGACACCACUGAAAAUUACUGCUGCGGAUGAGACAUUGUCUAUUUGCUGGAAAGGCGCGAAAGCAUUCAAAUCCAUUACCGAAGUCAAGAAAUACUUCAAACCAGUAAUCCUAAGCUUUGUGAAUGGCAAGAAAGCACAGCGAAUGGAAAUACCCCCUGAAUCUUACUUGAUUGUUAGUGAACACGGCAAUGUCUGCUCAGGGAUACUUAAUGGUACUGAAAUUGGAUUGGAAGAUCUCAACCUUAUUGGAGACAACUUUUUCCAAGAUCAAAUGGUGAUAUAUGACAACGAGAAGCAGGAGAUUGGAUGGGCCACUGCAAAUUGUGACAGGCUUCCCAACAUUGAUCGUGAAGAAGAAGACUUAUCUCAACUUGAUACCGCCAGUCUAGAUAUACUAACAGAAGAUUAUGGUCCUGAAGCUUCUAGUUUCCAAAAGGAGUAUGAAGAAUCACAUAAAAAAGAUGAACUACGUAAAUGAAGUGGGAAGUGGAGCAGCUCUCUCACAUAGGAGGACAGUGUAAAAAUGGGGACAUGAGCUUUUGUUGUUCUGCUUUACAUAAAAAGUUGUACAUGUGCAAAUAAUUGUCAGACAUUGUAGAAUUAUGUUGAUUACAUAUAGUAGCAAAAAUAAAUAAAUGAAUGAAAAUAAAAAAUGUCAGUACAUGUU